GGUCUCCUUUAAAACCCUCGGGCUUGGGGGAGAGGAGCUGGAACAGAGGAAAACCUGCUCGGGGAAAAGAGUUGGAAUGUAAUUGGCAGAAGGAGCCACUUUGCAUCUGAAUGUCUCGGCUGAGCACAGCGUGGGAUGAGUCAGCCUGUGCAGGAAGGAUCUGUGGAUGCGGGGCAGCACCUCCCCGAAAUGCGGCGAGGAUGAGGAUGCCUGACUGCCUGCCUGCUCUUCCUUCCCACGGGAUAAAGGAAAACUCUCAGGAUCUUAGCCUUAUCCCGGAGAAAGUUGUCAUUUUGGAUGGAUAAUGAGGAGCACGAGGGAUAAAAAAAGGAUGUUAAUCUGUUCUGCCCAGACUCCAGCAGUGUGAGAGCUGGGGAGAUACACGAGUGUGGAUCUCUGGAGCCACUUGUCUCCAGCCAGUCAGCUCCCCACCAUCACCAUCAGACCCCCGGGAAGAUGCCAGGGCUGAUUAACUGGGGGACCCUCUCCCCGCUGCCCCUCACCACGUCGGAGGUGACAUCUUGUGUCAGCGGCUACGCCUUCGGGAUGACAGCCCUGCUCACCUACCACAACCCAGACCCCCAGGCUUUGGAAGGUCUCUUUGUGUUCCCCUUGGAUGAGGGCACGGCCGUCGUGGGCUUCGAGGCGGCCGUGUCCCGGCGCGUGGUGACGGUGCAGAUCAAAGACAAAGCCAAGAUAGAUGACACCUACUUGGACAGCUGCAGCCUCCCCAGUGGAAGAGGAAGGAUCCUGAUGGAUGAGGACCUGGAGAGGAUUGUUUUUGUGGCUAACCUGGGCAUGAUUCCUCCCCUGGAAAGCGUCUCCAUCUUCAUCAGCACCUCCUCUGAGCUGCAGACUACGCCCAGUGGGGCUGUGAGGGUCCUUCUGCCAGCUGUGUGUGUCCCCAGGGUCCCCCAGCCCAGCCUGGAGAAUGCCAGCAGCCCUUCCAGCCACCAGCUCCAAACGGACAAGCAGCACUGUGGAUCAGGGAGCCCGGAUCAAGGGAGCAGGUUCUGCCUGGCUCAGCUGCUGGAGAGUGAGGCCACCAACCCCUUCGAGUACGAGUUCAGCUUCCACCUGGAGAUUCGGGGGCCGUGCCUGCUGGCAGGCGUCGAGAGCCCCACCCACGAGAUCCGAGCGGACGCCGACCCCUCGGCUCGCUCCGCCAAGAGCAUCGUGAUCACCCUGGCCAACAAACACACCUUCGACAGGCCCGUGGAGAUCCUCAUCCAUCCCAGCGAGCCCCACUUGCCUCACAUCUUAAUGGAAGAAGGUGACAUGACACCCGCAGAGUACGAACGACACCUGAAGGGGAAGAAUGAUUUCAUUAAAGGCACUAAGAAAGACCCCAGUGCCGAGAAAAAGACAGAAAUCAUCAGCAAGCGGCUGAACAAGGACAUCCUCCACCACCCCGUCAUCAUGCUCAACUUCUGCCCUGACUUGAGGACUGUUCAGCCAGGCCUUCAGAAUGCCCAGGGGGAGUUUAUCUUCCUCAUAGACCGGAGCAGGAGCAUGAGCAGCGGGAACAUCAACCGUGUCAAGGAUGCCCUGUUGGUCAUUCUCAAGAGCCUGAUGCCAACGUGUCUCUUCAACAUCAUCGGGUUUGGAUCCACCUUUAAGACCCUCUUUCCUGCCAGUCAGGCCUAUUGUGAGGAGAGCCUGGCCCUGGCCUGCAAGAGCAUCAGGAGAAUCCGUGCUGAUAUGGGCAGCACCAACAUCUUGUCCCCUCUGAAGUGGGUCAUCCGUCAGCCCAUCCACAGGGGCCACCCCCGACUGCUCUUCCUGCUGACGGACGGGGCCAUCAGCAACACGGGGAAGGUUCUGGAGCUGCUGAGGAACCACUCCUGCUCCACCAGGUGCUACAGCUUCGGCAUCGGGCCAAACGCCUGCAGGAGGCUGGUCCGGGGUCUGGCUGCCGUGUCCAGGGGCAGUGCCGAGUUCCUGGCGGAGGGAGAGAGGCUGCAGCCCAAGCACACAGCACGUGCACCAUGGCACACACAGCAUGCAGCUGCUUGUUUCCCCUCUCCCCUCUGCUCCCUGCCUCAGAUGAUCAGGUCUCUGAAGAAGGCGAUGGCGCCGGUCCUGAGCGACGUGUCCGUGGAGUGGGUCUUCCCCGAGAGCACCAAGGUCUUGGUUUCCCCUGUCAGCACCAGCUGCCUCUUCCCUGGUGACCACUUGGUUGGCUAUGGCGUCAUCUGUGAUACCUCCCUGUACCUCUCCAACCCCAGAUCCGACAAGCGGCGGUGUUACAGCACGAUGCGCUCCCAGGAGUCGGGCAGCUCUGUCUUCUUUCACUCCCAGGAGGAGGGAGCAGAUGUGGACAGCUGGAAUCACUCCAGAGACUCGGAGGGCUCCUGCCCUGCCGAGCGCUCCCCCGACCACCUGGGGGUGGGCAGAGAUCCCGGGGCAGAGUCGGACACGGACACGGGAAUGGAUGUGAAGGGUUCCUCCAGGAGACGAGCAUACAGCACCACCCAAAUCGCUGACCACAAGCCUGGCAGGAAGGUGCCCACGGCCAGUGAUCCCAGCACAGCCCUGGUGAAAAACCCCCUUCGGAAAACCCACCUGCAGGACCUGCAGCAGGUCAGCCCCGACCCCUGGCAGGUGGAUUUCCAGCCCUUCCCAGCCAGCCCUCAUGGCUCUGCCACCAGGAUCCGUGGCACAGGUGCCAGGCGCCCAUCCCUGCUCCACCACGGCUGUGUGUCCUUCUGCCACGACGCCAACUCCCUGCCAGUGCUGGACGGGCUGCAGCAGACUCCAGGAAGGGGCUUUGAAGCACUUGAUGCCAGUGUGAGCCUGCGGUCCUCGUCGGACAGCCGGAGCCCUGGGGACCCGGAGUCUGCCCAGCAUCCAUCCCUCACGGUCGAGACGGAGACCUCCUCCGAAUGGGAGCCACAGGACCUGGACAUCAGCGCUGCCUGCGGCUCCCCGCGCUCCCCCAGGACCCUCUGCAAGGCGGUGGUGAAGGGGCUGAGGAACAACGAGCCCGUGCAGUGGGAAGUUCCCUUUGAUAUCCGCCCUCUCCUCCGGGAGCGGGAGAGCCAGGGGAACGGGGACACAGACCUGUGGAGUGAGACCUUCCACCACCUGGCAGCCAAGUCGGUCAUCUGGGACUUCGAGCAGCUCGCCGAGAAGGAGUGUGAAAUCGAGCACGGGUCCGGGCGGCGGUACCAGCUCAACGCUGUCCACACCAGCAAGGCCUGUAAUGUCAUCAGCAAGUACACGGCGUUUGUGCCAGUGGAUCUGAGCACGAGCUCCUGCCUGCCCACCCUGGUCCAGUACACCCACACAGGGGCAGCAUCCAAGCAAGGCAACCAGAGGAGCCUGAGCUCAGGAAACAGAAGGCAUCGUGGCCUUUCCCCUGGACGUCCCCAGUCAGCCUGUGGCCAGAAUGGAGACAAUAGAUUUUACAGCACGAAUGCCGAGGAGAGCAGCCUGUCCCCCUCCAGCACCCCUCCCUCCUCUGCCUGGGAGCGUUGCCGUCUCCCUGAAGGGCCACUCCAGAGCGUGUCUGCUUCCUCUGCACAAGCCCAAAAAUCCAUUGAGAGGCUUUUUGCUGCCAGGCUGACCCUCAAUAAAACCAGGCUGCUGGUUCGAGCUGCCAAAGGGUUCAUGAGUAAAUCUCCAAACCGAGGGAGCAAAGCCAGCUCUGAGGGUGACAAUGAGAGCAUGAACUACCUUCCCCUGGUGUCCCUGCAGCUGGCCUGUGGUGCCUUUCUCCUGAACUCGGCCUUCUGCAGUGCCGUCAACAUCCCCAUGGAGAAGCUGAAGUGGACGUCGCCCUUCGCCUGCCACCGCCUGUCCCUCAGCCCCUCCAGCUCCUACAACACCAAGAAGACCAGUCCCUCCAUGGAGCACAAAAACUUUGGCUCCAGCCAGCAGCUCCUGGUCCCCGAUGGGCACGGGAAGAGUCCCACCAGCAGAGACACCGCUCGGGGGGUGGUGCUGGAAGGCCCCGGCAGCCACACGGAGGACAGCGGGCGCCUCCGGCACUCCUCGGGCAGCGCGGUGGAGAGCAUCUCCAGAGCCCUGACAGCCGAGAAGGAACUGUCCCCCCCGGCCAUCACCGUCCGCCGCUUCUCCUCCCCGGAGAGCACGCGGGGCUCGGCCGAGCGGGAAGCCGACGGCGGCCGGGGCUCGGAGACAGACGGCUCCGAGGUGCAGGCACUGCUCCUCCACGUGGAGCUGCAGCAGCAGACGGAGCCCGAGGGGAUGCUCUGGGCCACGGCGGUGGCCCUGGCCUGGCUGGAGCACAGCUCAGCUUCCUACUUCAUCGAGUGGGAGCUGGUGGCUGCCAAAGCCAGCCUGUGGCUGAGCGGGCAGGACUUCCCGGAGGGAUCCAGCCUGGCCACAGUGAAAGCUGCAGCCCAGCAGCUCUUUGUGCUCCUCCGGCACUGGGAUGAAAACCUGGAGUUCAACCUGCUGUGCUACAACCCAGGCAGUGUGUAGAGAGGGUGAGGAGGGACGCUUGGGCGGAUUACUGAGGGUGCAGGAGCAGGGAUCAAACCUUAAGGAAACACCUCCAAGCCUUCAAGGAGCUCCUCUGCUGCAGGGCUAUGUGUGUUUAUUAGAGCAAACCCUGUGAAUGGAGCAGUCCAGGCUCCAUCCUGCACUCAGCAGUUGGAGUUUUGCCCUGGGAGGGAACCUUCAGCUGCUCUUGCUAUUUAUUUUCAGCUGGAACAGCACUUCCAGCUACAGCAGUUUCCUCUGAUCCUGGUUCCUUCUGGUUCCCAGAGCAGAUCUUGCUGCCUACUCCACUUGCCCUGUCCGUGCUUGGGCUGCCUCUUCCCAGUCCCAAAUUGCUGCCAAGCCCCUGCUGCAGCCCCCCAGCCCUGAGUCCCUGCCCUCCUGAGGCUCCUGACUGGCUCCUGCCAUCUCAGAUGGCUUCCAGGGAAGAUUAACAUCUGACAACAUGCUCAUCACAUGGAUCAAAGGGAAUCUGGGCUGGGAAUGACCAUCUGAACAGCAGCCCUGCUGUCACAGCCAGGAGGAUCAAGCCCAGCCACGCACCAACAAGCUGAGCCAGUUGGAGACUGGGACCAAACCCCAUCCCAUCCACACGGUGCUGGGCUCCCUCAGCCCCCCUGCAACCCCAGAGGGAGUUUGUGAGACCCCUUGCAGCCAAUGUGUGCCUUCAAAGCUUCACAGGCAGAGCAGGGGCACCUGGGAUUGAAGGAUCAAGUGCCUAUGGAGGGAAUCGCACGUCUCUGUCUCUGGCAUGGCUGUGAUGCCCGUGGAGCCCAUCCAAAACCUGCUGCCUUUCACUCCUUUCCUUGGCAUGGAGCAGCCUUGCCAUGUCCCACCAGGCUUCUGUCUUGUGUCUGCAUGUCUGGGGAGCAGAUGGGAGGGACAAUGGGGACCCCGAGCACCCCUCUGGUCUCUGCGCUUGGCGUCACCUCUCUGGGGUCCCCAGGAGCUUCUCUCUGGUCUCUGCUCUCAGUGUCAGCUCUCCAGGGUCUCCAGGCAGAUCCCUCCAGUCUCUUCUCUGGUGUCACCUCUCCUGGGUUCCCAGGACCGUGAACAAACUCUCUGGUCUCUGCAGUGGUGUCACCUCUCCGGGGUCCCAAGGAGGAUCCCUCUGGUCUCUGUUCUCAGUGUCAGCUCUUCAGGGUCCUCAGGAGGAUCCCUCCAGUCUCUGCUCUGGUGUCACCUCUCCAGGUCCCCAGCUGGUGAUGCUCAAUGGUGCUGCAGGUUUGCUGGCCAGGUGCCUCAGCACAGUCGUGUUCUCUGUUGCAGAAGUGUUGUUGUCCCAGUAAAUCACAGCCUGCUUGA